CCCCUCGUAUUACAUUGAAUGCUGGGUAAUAAUAAUAGAAAGAUGGCAAAUCCAUGGCCAAGAUUGUAAAAUAACUGGCAGCAUGGACCCUAAUCAGUGGAGAAACUUUAAUCUUCCGUAUGGACAGUCUCCUGGCAUUGGUCUGGGUUCAGGGCUGGGACGACUGGACAUGGGACAACAGCAGGCACCGGGGUUCAGUCCAGGAUUUGCCCUUCCACAAGGAUUAUCAAUCUCUCCUCACCAUAGUGCUCUGGAGAACUCUCCUUUAAGUGCGUUUGGACUGCCCAAAGUGUCACCCCAAGCUCCGUUUUCGGAGGCACCAUUGCUGAGGUCCCCUGUAGGAGAGCCUGUAGGUCGUAGUAUUCCAUCACAUUAUCCACCCGAUGCCUUAAAAACCAGCCAUGAUGCUGACAGAGGACUGUUAAAUUUAAUGAACCCAAACCAGCUCCCUUUAGAGCUGUCAGGACCACCCCCUGCUCAUUCUGGAUCCACCAAUCAGUCGUUAUCUCGAAAUCCUUUGGCAGCUGAAAACUUCAUUCAACAUCAGCCUUUCUCUUUGAAACUUCAAAACCAACCAGAACCUUUGAAGAUUUCUGUUCCGUCUUCAAAAGUUGGAUACUGUGAAAUGAGAAGUCCUACCAGUUCUCUUCUGUAUGGCUUAGCAAGCCCAGGACUGGAGGAACACCAUCAGACACAAUCCUUGUAUGGAUCAUUUCCAUCAACACAGACUUCUAAGCCUGAACAGUUCAGUACGACCCACGGUAUGAACUAUGACCCGGUGAGCCCCGUCUCUGAUCACGGACAGCAAAGUGAGGAAUUUUCUCAUGUGGACUUUAAUGAUCUUUCUCGUGUGGACCCCUCUAGAAACUCUGUCAAAGUAAAUCAAAACACAGUCCUGAUGCAGCACAUGAAUGUUCCUAAGUCACUAGCACAAGACCUUGGACCAGAUGAGAAUACAUACAUGUCAAGCCACCAGUUCAUGCAUGGAUCCCCUUCAGUACGUACUAACAAUAGUAACCCCAGUCCAAUUCAUCAGUCCCCACACAAUCUUAGUCCACACGUAAACUCAGCUCGAGAAAGUCCACAGUUACAGCAACCAACAUCCACCAUGAUAUCUUCACCUCCUGUGCAUUCAGUAGCAGACUCUACAUCAAAGAGUAAAAAAUCAAAGUUUCACAAGCGGAGGUCAAGGGAUGAAAAUCAUCAAAAUAUGGAACUGGUAAACUCUGUGAAUGUGUCAACCAGUAAUCAAGCAUACACUGUUCCAGGGAAUUAUUCUUCUUAUAGUGCACCAAGGAACCAUACAGACAGCCCCCAGAAUCUUAACUCAUUCAGUCCCCAGUCCUAUAGCCCUCACAUGCAGCACCAACAUCAACAAAUGCAAGGAAGCCAACAUCAGAAUAUUCAAAAUGGCAGACACUCAAACUCUUCACUAGGAAGUAACAACUCCCCUGUAAUGAAUGAAUACACCUCACUACCACAGAGUGUAAUUGGAACACAAAGUGUAUCUUCUCACACUGUGUCUCAUUCCAUGGAGAGCCCUUUGAUUAAUCAUAGUAUGAACACAAGCAUGAUGUCGCCACACACACUUCACUCUGGUGGCAUGCCCUCCUCCAUGGCCCCAGGUCCUACGCCCUCCUCCAUGGCCUCAGGUCCUACGCCUUCAAACCCCAUGCAGAUCUCAUCCAUGCAGAGACCUUCAGUGGUCGAGCACCAGCCUAGUUUAAAUUAUAAUUCUGGGAAUUCAGUGAAAUCGUCUCUCAGUGAUCCCCUUGGCAUGCAGGCUUUAGGACUUGUUGGAGACAAUGAGUAUCAAGUGCCGUCUGCUGAGAGCAGUAUGUAUGGUAAUAUGGACAAUUAUGGCAAUAGGUUUGACAUUAAUGGCGAGUGUCUCGGAUAUCAGGUGAGUCAGAGGAGAACCUCCACCAUUGAUGAGGAUGCUUUAUCAAGUCUGAUAGGAGGACACCCUGCUCCUAGUCACUACCCUACAACAACACUGCCUUCAGUACAGGAUCAGCCUGUAGGAUCAGAGGGGUGGAACUGUACUCAGGAGAGCAUGGUCUCCCCACCUAAGACAGUGGCAACCAAACCGGAGCAGGAUGAUGAGUUUGCUCAUCUUCAAAAACCUCCCAGUGCUGUGGUAAACAAAGAGACCAAGCGUAGUGAUAGUCUAUUUCAGAACCAUUCGCUCAAUACUAAACCUGCUCCUCCUUCUGUUGUGCAAAAACCGGAAAUCAAGAAAAACCCUAAUUCAGGAUUUCUUAAUUCAUUUUUAAGCUUCAUUCAAGGAAAAAAGCCGGAAACAUUAUCAAGUGUAAAUACCUCAGUUGUGAAACGACCAGAACUGCCAAAAUAUAUUCCAGAACCUCCGAGACCGAAACCAGUGCAAAAAGCGGAGAGAAAAUUCAGCAGUGAUAGUGCUUCACCAAAGCCUGACACAAGUUCUAUGUAUUCUCCCUCCACUUCUCAAGCAUCUACAUUUUCUGAGGAGGAGGAUCUAGGAACUUCAAAUGUCAGCAACAAGGUUCAGGGUAUUGUGCAGCAGAUCAAAGAGGAUGGUAAGCCAAGUCUGAAAAUGAAAAUCAGUCUGGGCAGGGGGCAGGGGGGUCAGAGUGUCAAACACACAGUAGACCAACCAAAAGUGACUAAACGCAGAAACUCAAAAGCUACAAAAAAGAAACGCAAGGAUGAUUCAGAUGAUGCAUAUGUGAUGUCAUCAGGUGAUGAGGUGGACUUUGAUAAUUCAUUUGUAGAAAAGCCCCCAUCUCCCUCACUUCCUAAAAGGCAGCUGUCUUCUCGAAAAGCCAAGGAAAGGGCUCAACAGAAGAAGAAAUACGUAGAAUCAGAUAGUGAUGAUGAGGUUAUGGGCCCCAUCGCUCCCUUCAGCAGGAAAACGCCCAAUGAUGAGGAAGCCUACGAUUCUGACAGAGACCCAGACUGGGCACCCUUUGAAGUUGAAACUAAAAAGGAGCCUAAAGCAAAAGCACCAAGGGGAAGAAGGCGACGCACCAAUUCCAACAGAGCAUCAUUAGACGUGGAAAACGAGAAUACUGAUCUUAGCAAAAAGAAGGCCAAGGUGUUCACUCCGGUAGAUAAUAAACCAGUUGUACCACUUACCAAGCAAGAACCCAAGCCCCCAGAGUCUGUGUUCCCCCUACCAGUGUUCAGGAUAGGAGAUUUUGUGAUGGCCAAAAAUGACUUGAACAAUUUUGAGCGUUUUCCUAUCUGGAGGAUAGACCCUGGUAAAAUGAUGAAGAAAUAUGAGUUAUUUACUGACCGGGGGAAGAUACUUCACAUGGCCACCUGUACAUAUUCCAGUUAUUUGCCAAAAAUGGAUUUAGAAUACAUCCCAAUAAAAGUGACCACCAUUAAAAAUGAACGAGACGGUCAUGUUGUGGAGGUGUGUGAAGCAGAUCGACCCAAACCUAAACUGGACUCCAGGUGAGAAAGAUAGAAUUAAAUUCAUUAAAUGGCAGACAUGUUUAACGUUUAUCUGCAGAUUUUUCUCAGUUGUGCCUUAGAGCCUGGAUUUCUCACCGCAAUACUGGAUAACAAAGUGGAGUUUUACCUAGGACCCUUAAAC